GUUCAGAUUUCAAAAGUUGUAUUUACAGUUGUAAAAUUGUAAUAAACGCUUUUGAAUGUCGUCUUUAAACUUUUCAGAUUUUCAUGUCUUAAUUCACGAUUUCUAAAUUUGAAAGAGAUUCAAAUAUAAUUGGAACUUUUUUGUAAUUAAAUAUGAAUGUUUACAUUUUGAAGAAAUUUGAGACGCGUCUAUUAUCCAGAUAUAUGCUUACGCAAAGUGAAAGUAUACGCGCAUUUACGCAUCUUCAAGUUCAUCCUCUCAGCUGUUCAGUUGCGUACACAGCCCUGACGCAGAAAAUACAUGUUUACGCAAAUGUCGUGAAAUGAUUAACUAUCAUAUUUACAGGUCCCUGACAAGGUCCAGGACUCCCUACUCCCUGUGUAUCCU